AUGAGACAACGAAUCACAUACAUCCUGCCGGCAGGAAGCGACAACAAUCCAGCCGACAUAGAAGUCAGCCAGACUUCGCUGAGACAUCCUCAUAAGAAUGCUGUCGAGGAGAGAAGAAUUACGCUGGGAUUGACGGAUCUGCCUUCUGAGCUGCGAUUACUCCUGGAAAACUUCCAUGAACUUCACAUCCGUCUUGUUUCGAAUCAAAGAUACAACGGCUUCUCUCCCGCUGUCUCCAGGCUGCCAGCUGGCCUCCACGUCUUCUUCACGCCGAGGACAUCAUCGGCAAACGCGGAGCUCUGCUCUAAAUUGACCACGUUGCUUGGUGAGCAGGUAAAGUGCGAAUUCAGUAAACCUCCCAUCCUCUCAGAGCGUUUUGCAAGCACUGCAACGUACCAGUUCUAUCAUGGGCCUUCGAACUUGCUGGAUGUAUCGGAGGGUCUCGGUUUGUGCGCUAGCGGUUCGAGCAGCACAGCCGCUCUGUGUAGCAUUUUGUCGGCCGCAAAUUCAUCGUCUUACGUCGACUACGACUAUGAUGCGAUCAGUAACGCUCUGAAUGUUGUCAUAUUGUGGGAAUCACCUUCACAACUGCCUGCUGAUAAGCUGGAUCCGGAAGACCGUCUCGAGGUUGGAAUCCUGCAGACGGACAAAGCAACAGAACCAGAGGACAUUGCUCUGGGUGGCUAUUUGACCGUCGUGGGUGAAGAUGAAAAACCAAGCGCAACGCUGUUCUCAUUUCCUGCACGUCACCAUGAACUUCCGGCCGGGGAUAUCACGACAUUCACCGCAGGCUUCCAGUCUCCGACAGGACUUCACCCUAAGAUGGACUUGGUGUUCCCCAAGCACGCCUUGACUCCGCCCAAAGACAGUUGUGCGCUUCACGCCUACUACACAUUGCCAUCGUCCGUCUUCUUCGAUCGUUACCAAUUCUCUGAUCCACUAUUCCUAGCCUCUCAAAACCUUGCUGCUCUGCGAAGCUUGAGUGGCGAGGAGGAUUUGGAGGCACCAGACUGGGCUGUAAAGCAGUGGGGAUCCGCCGCGUUGUUCGAGCUUGUUCAUCCCAAGCAAGAAGACACCAGCACCGGAAAUUGGACUGUCACGUUCCCAAUGCAUCUUCGCUAUAUCGAAGCCGCCGGAGCAGGAGGAGUUCGUUCGCUUGCGAUCCCCUGGCCCGUUGUAUUCUGGGCAUGUGAAGCCGAGGAAAGCUCAAAGAUGGCUACAAAUCCAUUCGAUCGGACGAAUCUUGGCUAUGAUGGCCUCUUUGGAAAAGCCAUGUUCUACCACGUUCCAUCUUUCGCGGAUGUUGUGGAGAUACUUGAGGUUCCAGUAUUGGAUGAUGCUCCGUGGGUGCCACUGGGUACUGCCGUCGCGGUACUCUUGGGGUUUGGAUGGGUGUUGUGGAAGCUGAUGAGUGGAGCGAAAUCCCCUCCGCCAGAAAAGAAGAAGGAMAUGUAA